GCUCCCCAGCAGAGGACCCGUAACCAGAACUGAAAUCCGCCCUCACCGCUUGCUGCCAAAACAGUGGAGGCUGAACUGACCUCUCCCCUUUGAGAGAGAAGAACUGUCUGGGAGCUUGACAAAGGCAUGCAGGAGAGUCCAGGAGCAGCCAGAGCCAGGAGGGAGAGCCCUCCCCAAGCAAACAAUCCAGAGCGGCUGUGCAAACACCGGGACAUAAAUGAGGCCUCCUGGACCAUGAAGUGUGUCCUGAGCUGCAUCCCGGAGCCCACGGUAGUCAUGGCGGCCAGAGCACUCUGCCUGCUGGGGCUGGUCCUGGCCUUGGUGUCCUCCAGCUCUGCUGAGUACGUGGGCCUGUCUGCAAACCAGUGUGCCGUGCCGGCCAAGGACAGGGUGGACUGCGGCUACCCCGAGGUCACCCCCGAGCAGUGCAACAACCGGGGCUGCUGCUUUGACUCCAGCAUCGUUGGAGUGCCUUGGUGCUUCAAACCCCUGCAGGAACAAGGAGGCUCAGCUGCCCCACGUCGUGGGUGGGGCGAUCGGCUAUUAGCCAUCUGCCGUGUCCAAGUGCCAGCUCAGCCCCCACGAAGGCCGCACCUGUGUGAGAAUGCUCGUUCUGAGGCACCUCCAGCUGCCCCCGGCCAGGGGAUGCGAAGCUCCGAGCACCCUUGCCCGGCCGUGAUUGCUGCCGGGCGCUGUUCAUCCCAGCUUUUCUGUCCAUUUGCUCCCGGCAAGCGCUUCUGCUGA